AUGGCUCUAUCAGAUUUGCCUGUUCGGGAAGGGACAGACAAGGACGCUGAGGAUCUGUGCAAAUGUUUUGGAGAUCUGGGAUUUGAAGUGAAUCGUUAUAAUGAUCGGAGCUGUGAUCAAAUGAGAGGGUUACUGCAGGACGAGGCGGACUCCAACCACCGGGACAGCGCUUGCUUUGCCUGCAUCCUCCUGAGCCACGGUGAGGAGGGUCAGAUCUACGGCAAAGAUGGGCUGAUACCUAUAAAAACUCUGACAACACUUUUCCGAGGAGAUAAAUGUGAAAGUCUGGUCGGGAAACCAAAACUCUUCUUUAUCCAGGCUUGCCAAGGCCCAAAGCAUGACAAGGGGGUGCAGACAGACGAUGGACCAGCCAACAGCUCCCUGGAAGUGGAUGCCCAUUCUGGAGACAGGAUCCCAGUGGAGGCGGACUUCCUUUGUUUCUACUCCACCGUACCAGGCUACGUUUGCUGGAGGAAUACAGACGAGGGCAGGUGGUUCAUACAGGCCCUCUGUGAUGUUCUUAACCAAUAUGGGAAGCAGCUGGAGAUGAAUCAUAUCCUGCUUCGGGUCAACAACCUGGUGGCCACCAAAUACGAGGGGAAGUUUGGCCAGAAGCAGAUUCCCUGUAUGGUCUCUAUGUUAACCAAGGAACUUUAUUUCUAG